GACAAAGACAAGCCGAGAAAGAAGACUCCUGAGAGACUUGAAAGAAGAAAAAGAGGAACUCGGAGGAAAGGGAGGGACAUACAUACACAACUGAUAAUUAUGUGUAACAGUAGAAAACGAUAAUGACCCAUUCCUUUCCUUCCUUUCCGGUGAGGCCUUAAGCUGCCCUUUCUUCUGUGAGAACAUUCACUCCAAGCACAGCACACAACUGACACGCAUAGAUGCAGACACAGAAAAUUUCGGAAACAUCACCAAGCUCAUCGCGUGGAGCGUGAUGUGCCUUGCUGCUGCUGCGGCUGCAGGCUGCUUGUUGAGAGGGAUUGCUUAUUUGCUGUAGGUAUUGAAUUAUAAGGAUCGGAGAGGUGUGUGUGUGUGUUUUAGGGCGGGUUAGGGUUUGGUUUGAUUGACGUGCAAGAAGUCGAAGGCGGGUGGUUGGGGUUGUGAGGAGGGCGGGAAUAGUUGCCGAGUUCGUGAGGGGAUUGAACAUUUGAGGAGUUGUAGUUGUGAGGAGGCAAGGUUGGGGUUCAUGUGACGUUAGGAGUUGCAGUUUAACUUUGGCGGGGGAUGGUGACGGAGAUGUUGAUUGAAAUGGUGAUGGCAAUAGGAAAGGGAGAGGGCGGGGCGUAGCAGUGGUGGCAAUUAGAGAGGUUGUUACAGUGUGAUAGUGCUGUGGAGGGCGUGAAGGGGGGCAUAGAGUGCAGAUGGUGAGUUGAGGGGCAACCUCGGAGGUUGUUUAAGGGGCUUCCGGAAGACAGGAGAGGGAUGGUGAUGUGGAGGGGGAGAUGUGGAGUUGUGCAGAAGCGGGGUUCUGCCCAUAAGUUUGGGGGCGUGCAAACUAGGGUGGUAUCUCAAGCGGGUUGUAGAUGGAGAGAAAGCAGUUAGGGUGUGUAGUGAAUGGGGGUUUCUUUCGUCGCGGAGAACAGAGAAGGAUCUUGGGUGAAGCCUGACGGAUUGACGACAACGUGUUCGGGACAUCUGAGCGCGGAGAUGCAAAUGCUGGAUGCUUCGUGGUGCAUGGGAAGUUAGAAUUGGUAACGGAGACACCGCAUUACUAGAGGAGGAUAUGGGGUGACUUUGAGAUAUUUUAAAACUAUUUUGUUAGUAUUACAAUUUAAUUUGUUGCAGUGUUGGAGCCUGUCUUCUUGCCGCGAAUGCAGUAUGCGUAGGUCAUGAAUUUGCCUACGGAUGCCCGUCGAUCGCAGGCAAUGCCAGCGUUAGGGCACCAUGAGAAUAAAUUCGAUGUGGAGGGAGGAUUGGACGUGAUUUCGAUGAAAGAAAUGGAUAGGAAUGGCAAAGUCGCCACUAUGGAAGGGAGACCAGGCCAUGAUAGCUUCCCAAUUGUGUACAAGCGAAGAUUUUCGAAUUUGGAUGCUUUAAUGGAUCCAAGACCACCGCGACCUCCAACAAUUCUACAUGACGAGUGUAGGUCCGCCGAUUUCGCAGUCGUUCGAAGGAAAGCCUCGUCGCCGAAGCAGAAGCAGAUGACGUUGGAGCAGUUCUGGGGGGAUCAAACCAGCUCAAAACUUUUGGAUCGACUUCCCUCUGUGAGCAAUGCUGGUGAUCAAGUGCCCGCUUCUGUGCCAUCUCCCGUUCAUCAUGAAGAUGUUGACUUCGAGAGACCGGCUUCUGAAAAUAAUGCUGUUAUGAAGCGCAAGCGUGUGGAGAAACCUUUAGCUAUUGAUUUGAAUAGCAAUCCGGGUUCAGAGAAAGCACAGAUUAUGGGACGCAAGCAGAUCGGCAGACCGAAGGGCAUGCGUAAAGUUGAUCAAAAUCUGGAGGGGAAAUUGCCGCGCCCUGCUAGCGAGGUGCACAAUAAGAAACGACGAAUGGGAAGGCCGCCGAAAGAAGGGGUGAAGAGGGAGAGAAGUGAGGUAAAAAUUCGGCCAGGGAAACGGCCCAAGCUUGUUUUGGGAAGGAAUCGCAAACUUGAAGUGGAGUACCACACAGAUCCUAAACAUGAGCUUCAUCGGUUCACGGAUGUCCUUCAAGGCAGUGGAACGGAUGAGCGAGCACACUCAGCUGUGCGACCACAUGUGCAAUUGGUGGAAAGGAGUGUAGUCGCUGUGUCCUGCAACGAGGAUGGAUCUAGCUCCGGAACUCAAACCGAGGACGAUAUGCCAGCGAGGAUUGGAAAUAGGCAGAUUAGGCAGCGGCUGGAGCAGGAGGAGGUUUCGAGCGAGGCAACUCAAAGUGAAACAGCUACCGAAACAGACUCGGACUUGCCGUGUUUGAAUGGAGGAAAUCGGCCGAAGCGUCCUGAUUGUGAGCAGGGAGACGAAGACGAUGAGUCUGAUGGUGAUCGGAUUCCGAUAGAUUUAAAUGUCCUUCCAGAGCUUUUAAUGAGUGCAAAGUCAAGGAGGAAGAAGCGUACUCAAGAGCAGAAGAAAGGCACAGAAAAUUGUCGAAAACCCGCCCUCAAACGUGCCGAGAUUCAUCAGCAGCUACGGCCAUUAGUCCAGACGAAGGCUGUGCAGUCUAACCAGGUUGUGAAGUCUCUGUGGCCUUUAGCACGUGGUCCACAACCACAUGAUUCACAUGAAUCUUUGUCGAAUGAAAACACUACAGUUGUCGUCACUGCAAAUCCUGGGAAGUACAUAUCCCUGAAACGUUUGCGAAGCCUAGCGGGGUCUAGGAAGACGAACUCUCAGUUUGAAUUGCGGGAAUCAAUGAGAGCGGUUGAUCGAGUUGUGAAAGUUAAUAAUGUCAAGACUGUUCAGCCUAAAGCACCGAGGGUGCCUCUAGUGACGAGAAUGGCGGAACCUAGGUCGGAGAAACCAGGAAGCUCACUUUCAAUCCAUGCAGAAGACAAUGGAGUUGCAGGUCUGAGAAACAGAGAGAUAAUUUAUUGUUCCUCAUCUGAAGAGACUGAAAGUGACCGGGAACAGAUAGUUAAUCGUUUUAAGGCAGUGCCAAGGUUCCAAGGAUUAGUGUCACAGGGACAAUCUCCUGGCUUUCUUUACAGUGGAAGUGCUUUAUCGGGCAAGGCUUCGGACUUAGCUCAGCCGAGAAUAAACGGAGAGGACUAUUCUACUGCUAACAAAGAAAUGCCUGGGAAGUUGUACUCUAAACUUACAGUUAACAGAACAGAAAUAAAUGCUGGUCCUCAACAAAAUGUAGGAGUGUCCAGGAAAUUGUCAUUGGUUGCUGACCUAUCUGACGACUCAGAGACAGAGAGUGACAAGGAAAUAGUAGGCCUGGGGGUUCGUCGUCCUGAGACCUCUCGACCACUACUGCAGGCAUCACGAAUUGGUAUGAAGCAGCAGAACGGUGAAAGAGGCAAGAGCUGCGGGCUUCUAAAGGCCACAUUUGUCAGGAAACCCGAAAAUGCGAUUAGUGGAAAGUGUCAUGUGCAAUCCUCGCCUGAUACUUUGAGGAGUGGCAGUAAUACACCGAUGAGAUCUCCCGUUAGCAAUGUGGGAAGCUUCCUAGCAUCGAAACAUCCUGAAGGAGGAUUGUUGUCUAGAAAUGUUGUUCAAAGAGCCAAGAUUAUCAAACCACCGCAGGCGAAACCGGCAGUCAAUGGAAUUGAAAGUAAUGGAGCGGUUACCAAAUUCGCAUCACAGGUUUCACAAAAGGAGAGAAAGCAAAAGAAGAUUGGUGUGUCUAUACUUCAAGGUUCUGAGACCGAUGGUCGCAGACAUUCUGGUAGAGUUGAGGCCUUUGAGGCGGUUUCAGAAGCUCAUUGUUCGGGCUAUUACUCCUCAUUACAGAUCAGUCCCAAUAAUGCAGACGGUCAUCAGGGUGCAAUGCAUGUAAGUCCUCAAGCUGAAUUGUCUGUGAAAUUGAGAACAAAGAAGCCCAUAUUCCAAAAUGGUGCGGUCGUGGUUCAAACGCCUGUGAAACUCAGAACAAAGAAAGCUAGAAUCGAAAACGAAGUCAUAGGAAUGCGGGGACUCGCUGUUUCCAGCAAAAUGACUCCUCGGACGAGGAAGCUAACAGAUGCCAUGCAGAAAUUUGUGACUCAGAAAGCAAAUUUACGACAGUGGAGGGAAGUUGAUUUGAGCAAAAUCAAUCCUAAAGCCUUGAUAGGUCGUACUUGCAAAGUGUUUUGGCCCUUGGACGACGAAUGGUAUCCAGGAGUUAUUCAUGAUUACAACCCUCAAACCAAGAAGCAUAGAAUUGAUUAUAGAGAUAAUGAGAUGGAAAUGGUCUCGGUUUCGAAGGAAAGAUUUAAGCUGAAACUGUCUCCUGAAGAGUGGGUUGACCUUGAGACCGCUACAGGUGAACAGCCACUAAUAAGAAGUCAACCGGACCCAGUUGAGCUGGUUGCAUUAGCAACUGCUGUUGAAGAUCAAGAGAAGCUUGUUCAUGGGGAUCUUGUGUGGGCUAAAGUGAAGGGGUGGCCAAUGUGGCCAGCGUUUGUUAUGGAUGAAGAUCAUGCGGCCGCUUGUGGUAUGGAUCCUGGCAAGAAGGGCAUGGUUCCUCUUCAGUUUUUUGGCAGCUACGAUCAUUGCAGGUUCAGUUACAAAAAAUUGGUAAUCUUUUCGAAAGGUUUGAUGAUGAAAUUCCAUACCAAGUGUAAGCGGGUGGUUUUCGUCCAAGGACUAGAAGAAGUAGAGCGGUAUUUGAAAGAAUGCAAGCUUCCUGACAGCAUGUCCCACCUGCUUGAUGAUGGGGAUGGUGUGCAUGGGGCGAUUGAGAGACAAAGACAGGAAAUUGAAGAAAAUUGGCCAGAGCCAGAACCAGAUGUGCAAGAAACUGGCGGUGAAGUCAAAAGGAUGACGAGAAGGCGAGUCAAGCGCGUUGUGACUUUUCCUCUUCAGUUGGGUGCACUUACGAUUCUGAGUCUAGGAAACGUUGUGCGGGACAGCGAGCAUUUUCAUGAUCAGCAGUACAUUUGGCCCGAAGGAUACACAUCAGUUCGAAGCUUUCCGUCAGCAAAGGAUCCUGAUGCUUUUGUCGAUUACAAAAUGCAGGUAUUUAGGGAUCCCUUAACUCAAUCCUUACCUACGUUCCGUUGUACUCCUGCGGACGACACUCCUGUUGAAGGUCCAUCUCCCUACGCAUGCUGGAAAAAGGCUUUCCACAGGCUGCGAAAGGCUCAUAAGAAGGUGGGAAAGAUUCCUGAGCUAGACAAACGAAUGCAGUUCAGAUCUGCUGCACAUAUGUUUGGAUUUAGCAAUCCCCGAGUUUCAAAGUUGAUUCAGGCCCUUCCAGGUGCGAGAGCUUGCACAAAAUUUGCCAACUGGUCAGUAAACCCUCCAAAUGAAGAUGUGGAGGCUGUGUUACCUGCGGGUUACAAACCUGUUGAAAUAUCAUGGAAGCAUCUAGACCGCUGCACAGUUUGUUACCUGGAUGAAGAAUACGUUGACAAUCUUUUGCUGCAAUGUGACAAGUGCCGGAUCAUGGUGCACAUGAAUUGUUACGGAGAACUGGAACUCCCGGAUGGAGAUUUAUGGCUGUGUAACCUAUGUAGGCCUGAUGCACCUAAGACUCGACCUCCCUGCUGCCUUUGUCCUGUCACGAGCGGGGCGUUGAAGAAGACAACAGAUGGUCGCUGGGCUCAUCUGAUGUGUGCCAUGUGGAUACCUGAAACUUGUCUUGUAGAUGUAAAGCGCAUGGAACCUGUGGAUGGAAUUAACGCUAUUAGCAAAGAACGUUGGAGGCUGACUUGCAGCAUAUGUAAUGUACCAUAUGGUGCAUGUAUACGGUGCUCUGUGAAUAGCUGUAAAACUGCCUUUCACCCUCUUUGUGCUAGAUCAGCUGGUCUUUAUAUGGAAGUUCUGGAGGAGAAGCUGCAAGUGAAUGGGGAAACAGAUUUGAGGUUGCUUUCCUAUUGUCGAAAACACAAGCAAUCAACCAGACUUAAUUGUGAAGUUGCUCUACCAACUCCUUGUACGAAAACUGAUUGCUUGACAUACCAACCACCGGUGACAUCCUCUGGUUGUGCUCGGAGCGAGCCUUACAAUGCAGCAGCAAGACGAGGGCGUCGAGAACCUGAAGCGCUUGCUGCAGCUCUUGCGAAGCGCUUGUUUGUGGAGAACCUUCCAUACAGAGUUACUGGUUGUAGAAAGAACCCCCUACCGAAGAUAGCAAGCGUCAGUAGUAACGGGAAUAUGUGGUCUAUGCAUUGGAAACCUAGUAAAGGACCUCUUGGUGCUACUGCUCUUCCUGCUUCGGCUUCCGCCAAGUCUGGUGAAGACGUGGAGAUCUUGUCGAUGUCAGACAAGUUCCGUAGAAUGAAGUCAUCUUUGAGCCAGCGCCUUGCGUUUGGCAAGUCAGCAAUUCACGGGAUGGGGGUGUUUACAAAGCAGGUCCACUAUGCAAAUGACAUGAUUAUUGAAUAUGCAGGUGAAGUUGUGAGGCCUGUAAUUGCCGACAUUAGGGAAAGGAGAUGCUAUGACUCACUUGUUGGAGCGGGAACCUACAUGUUUCGAAUUGAUGAUGAGCGUGUCGUGGAUGCCACUCAUGCUGGCACCAUUGCACAUCUCAUCAAUCAUUCGUGUGAACCGAAUUGCUACUCGAGGACUGUUACUGCCAGCGGAGAGGAUCGGAUCAUCAUUUUCGCGAAGCGGAACAUUGAGGUUGGAGAGGAGUUGACAUAUGACUACAGAUUUAUGUCAAAGGACGAAGUAUUAACAUGCUACUGCGGGUGUGCUGGCUGUAGAGGAUCUGUCAAUGUUGUAGAUGGUGAUGGUGACUCCACUAAGUUGUCUGUACCGCUAUCAGAACUGAUCAAGUUGCCUGCGACAACACGAGGACACACACAUUAGAAUUCACUCAUACAACUCCAGCUCAAAAAAAUCGUGAUUGCCAUCAAAUGAUUCCAGCUUGCCCAGGUCCUUGAUGCAUAUUGGUGUCAGUAGGUGCAACAUUCAUUCCUUUACACUGAACAACUGUUACCAACUCAAAUUGGAUACAGCUUGGGGGCUGUGCAAUGGCUACCCCGACACAAACAAGGAACAGGUUACCCCAGAAAGCUAUGCGAAUCGAACACUUCAAGCCUCAACAGUUAUGAUUCUGGGGCUGAAGUAAUCUUCGGAGGCUAUUGAACAAUGAUUUAAACGUCUUGUUCUGCAUGAUUGAAGAUCACCCGUGGCUGGGUGUUUUACUUC